GUUCCAUAGUUCCAUGUAUGUGACAAAAUAAUUGUUAUUUCCAUGAUGGUUCGUGAAUUUGUUUGGUCCAUCUUAGAUCCGUGACCCAACAACACCAUCAACAUCACACUCUCUUCUUCUUCUUCUUCACAGAUCAAACACACUCACACACCUUCCCUCUCUCUUCUUCGAUCUCUCUGUUCCAAGGAUGGGUGUGGCUCAAAACAUUCCUGACAUGGAGGAGGAGGGAACCUUGGAGAUUGGAAUGGAAUACAGAACUGUGUCUGGUGUUGCUGGACCGUUGGUUAUUCUUGAUAAAGUUAAGGGACCAAAAUUUCAAGAGAUUGUUAAUAUUCGGUUAGGGGAUGGAACUUCUCGGCGUGGACAAGUUCUAGAAGUUGAUGGUGAGAAAGCUGUUGUUCAGGUCUUCGAAGGUACCUCUGGGAUUGACAAUAAGUUUACAACUGUGCAAUUUACUGGAGAGGUAUUGAAAACUCCUGUUUCGCUCGACAUGCUUGGCCGCAUAUUUAAUGGCUCGGGAAAACCCAUUGAUAAUGGUCCACCCAUAUUACCAGAGGCUUACUUGGACAUAUCAGGAAGUUCCAUCAAUCCUAGUGAGAGAACCUAUCCAGAGGAGAUGAUACAAACCGGAAUUUCUACAAUUGAUGUCAUGAAUUCUAUUGCUAGAGGUCAAAAGAUCCCUCUAUUCUCGGCUGCUGGUCUCCCCCAUAAUGAAAUUGCUGCACAGAUAUGUCGUCAGGCUGGCUUAGUCAAGCGAUUGGAGAAAUCUGAUAAUCUUCUUGAGGGCGGAGAAGACGACAAUUUCGCCAUCGUGUUUGCUGCUAUGGGAGUUAACAUGGAGACUGCACAAUUUUUCAAACGUGACUUUGAAGAGAAUGGCUCAAUGGAAAGAGUGACCCUUUUCCUGAAUCUGGCCAAUGAUCCUACAAUCGAGCGUAUCAUCACCCCUCGUAUUGCUCUUACUACUGCUGAAUAUCUGGCUUAUGAAUGUGGCAAGCAUGUUCUUGUGAUACUCACAGAUAUGAGUUCAUAUGCCGAUGCUCUUCGUGAGGUAUCUGCUGCCCGAGAAGAAGUGCCAGGACGACGUGGCUAUCCCGGUUACAUGUACACAGAUCUUGCAACAAUAUACGAACGUGCUGGAAGAAUUGAGGGACGAAAAGGCUCUAUUACUCAGAUCCCUAUUCUAACUAUGCCAAAUGAUGAUAUCACGCAUCCAACUCCCGAUCUUACAGGAUACAUUACCGAGGGACAGAUAUACAUUGACAGACAGCUGCAUAACAGGCAGAUAUAUCCACCAAUCAAUGUCCUUCCGUCACUGUCUCGAUUGAUGAAGAGUGCCAUCGGCGAGGGAAUGACUCGAAAGGAUCAUUCUGAUGUAUCCAACCAGCUCUAUGCAAAUUAUGCCAUAGGAAAGGAUGUUCAGGCAAUGAAAGCUGUGGUUGGAGAAGAAGCACUUUCAUCUGAGGACUUGCUAUAUCUGGAAUUUUUGGACAAAUUCGAGCGAAAGUUUGUGACGCAAGGAGCUUAUGACACCCGCAACAUCUUCCAGUCACUAGAUCUUGCGUGGACCUUGCUUCGGAUCUUUCCCCGGGAGCUUCUUCACCGUAUACCAGCCAAGACCCUCAACCAGUUCUACAGCCGAGAUUCCGGUAAUUGAUGUCAUAGCCGGCAUGCUCAUGCUCAUAUUUUUUAUUGAUUUAUAUAUUUCUUAGAUCUUCUCACCUAAAAAUUAAAGAGAGUCCAUAUAUCUUGUGUCCAGCAUAUAUAUAAAAUAAAUGUUAGUGAUGAGAAUGAGACCCCUUAGAACUUAGAUCUUUAUAUUUUCAUUUUUCCACUGGGGUGGUGAGGGGAGAAAGCUAGUUAUCAUUUUGGGAUGGCUUUAAUUGCACUCUUAAAGAUUCAAUUCAAUUCAGUGCAGUUAGAAUUUUGUUGA